AAAGAGCCGGAAUGCCCAUCACUAGUCACUUGAUUCUAAACGCAACGUCGAUUAACGAUUCGAGUGGGCGCGGUUUGACUCAAACGAUUCAGUGUCUGACUCUACAAACAUCUGCUUUUAAUAAACAACUGGAUCGAAAGUUACCUUCCUAGAGUUUCAGCAGACUGCAAUACUGGCUCAGUUAAAAUACUAUUCGCGUCAGGAUUACAGGGAAAGUAUGAGGAGAGAAAUCAUUCAGUAACGGCGGUGUUUACAUCUCGCUUUCACCAACCGCACAGCAAGGUCUGUAUUUUCAUGGCAGAUUUGAUGAGCGUCAGGAAAGCGUGAAACAGUAAUUGGUCUGUCAAUUUGUGCGCUAUAAUGCUCGGCCACUUAUAAUUAACGAUGUGUGAAAAACAUCACGUGUACUGCACUAUAAUGCAAGAGGUGCAACACGUCUUUGCAGCCACUAGAGGGCUCUGUGUAAAUGUGUAAAAGUAAGCCGUUGACUCCACUCCACUCUCAAAGCCCCCCUCCGGUCAGAGGACCGGCGCCGUGGAUUAGCAUGAGAAUAGCGCAUGAGCGAGUAUAAAAAGAGAGCGCGUCUGUGUUUUCAGCUCUUUGUCACAACCGGCGCUCAUGACCUUACCUUGCGUCUCCGCUCCACCUCCGACCCUGCUGGCUGUGUUUCCUCCCUACUCUCUCCCUCCUCCUCUCCUCCUCCAUCCCUCUCCUCCUCCUGCCCUCCCCUCCUCCUCCUCCUGCUGUCUGAAGGAGUGUCUGCCACUAUGGACAGUAGCCACACCUUCCUGUACUUUGCCUACGGCAGCAACCUGUUGAAGGAGAGACUGCAGCUGAAGAACCCCUCCGCUGUGGUCCACUGCGUGGCCAAACUCAAGGACUACAAGCUGGUGUUUGGGAACUGGAAGGGGCUGGCUAGUGACCGCUGGCAUGGGGGUGUGGCCACCAUCGAGUUCAGCCCAGGGGACGAGGUGUGGGGGGUCGUAUGGAGGAUGAACAUGUCAGACCUGGAGUCUCUGGACAGUCAGGAGAGUGUGAAGUUAGGGGCCUACAGCCCUAUAGAAGUGUUGGUGAAGACACAAGGCCAGGAUCUUCAAAGUCGAACCUACACCAUGAACAGCUGCAUCUACGCGCCCCCUUCUCCACAAUACCUCAAGGUGAUCGUGAUGGGGGCGGAGCAGAAUGGGUUACCAAAGCACUACCAGGAGAAGCUGAAGUCGAUCGAUACCAACAGGUACCAAGGCCAGCUGUCCGUCAUGACCGACCUGGAGAUCGCCCUGCGCUAGGCCCGCGAGAGAGGCAGCCAUCGCUCAGACGCCUAGACACCUCGCCAUGGCAACAGAGAACUGUGUGUAAAGAGUAACUCAACACCCCAAAAAUGUUGGGGGAGUUUAACCUUUUAUUAUUUAAUAGUUGCGCAUGUUUCAACUUAUCAGUCCUAGUCAUGAUACUGACAAAUGUUUGCAGAAAGGAUCAUUUUGAUUGUUAAGUGGCUCGCCUCUUGGCUUGUUUGGCCCCUUGGUUAAAAUCUGAAGAUGUUUGUGACAUAUGUAGUAUCAUUUGGAGGUUCGACAUAUCACAGGGAGGGGUAGUCAGCUGAUAACUGACAAUGUUAAUGAAUCACUUUGAGGAAGCCCCAAAAUGAAUCAUCUUGAAAAAAUCCCUCAUCCACAACUUUUUACCAGAAAGCUUUUAUAAAAAAAUCAUAGGGCUCAGGCUGAAAUUGCGGUGUGUAGUUACACUUCAAGGAAACAGUUUGUUGGAUGAUAAAAAAACAACAACCAAUGUCCUCUAUGUAUAUCUGGAAGACCCCCUGUCAUUAGAAUCACAGUUGGGCUGAAUGUAAAUGAACCGAAUGUGUUAUAUUAUGUGGUUGGUGGACAAUAAACUCUCUUGCUGUUGUCUGUUGACGUGUAUAGUGUUAUGACAACUAUCCUUCUCUCAAGAUGGAUGUUUUGACCAGAGAACACGUGUUUAAAAGUACAUUUUGGGUGGUAAAAGAAACUGCACGUUUUAGAUUCUGCACAAGAAUAAAACUUCCGUCAAUUGCACUGCGUGGAAGAGUUGUAAUUCCUUGUAGCCUACGUUCUUUCAGAAAUCCAGAAAUGUCCAUUUCUUUUUACGAUGCAUUGACUCCAUCU